AUUAGCAUUUGCGGAACUCUAAAGAACACUCUCUUUUUUCUCACAAACCUGCAAACUCAGCUAUCCGAAGCUGUUGCGGAACUCCAUGAAAUUCUUGAUCUUCAAGAUGCAUAACAGAAACUCUCACGUGAAAUCAGGUCAAAAGAUGCUACAAUUCUUGCGCUUGCAAACAGGCUCAAGGAAGCUGGAAAGGUUCUUGACAACCUAACCGCAAAAGAAAAAAAAAAAAGAGAAAAAAAGGUUCUUGACAAACUUGUAGAUGAUUACUCGGAUCAUCACCUUCCAAAACGGUCCAAGUCAGGAGAUGUUACAGAGGAUUCUUCAACAAUCGUGGCAUCUCAGCUAAAACUUUCAGAUAUAUUGUAAAAUGCCCAUAGAAUAAGCUACACUACUUUCGCACCACCAGAAUUUGGUACUCGACAGGCUCCCCUCCGUGGGGCACUCCCACUUGCUCCGCAGGAGGAGCAAAUGCGGGCAUCUCAAUUGUACAGUUUUACUGAUCUUAAUAUUGGUUUAUCCCAGACAGAUGAGGAUGAGGAGAAAACUAUAGAGCCAUUAAUUGAAACCCUAGCUGUGCAAUCAGCGGAGCCAAAUCCACUUGCCAAUCUUGCUCGGCCUAAUAUUGUUGUACCAUCAGGAUGGGAACCUGGAAUGCCUGUGGAGUUGCCUAGUGCUACCAUUGGAAACCUGGUGAUCCAGUGCCGCUGUUACCAAGUGUGUUUUCUCUUGCAAUUUUAUUUUCUCAACCAACGAACAUGGUUAUUAAUGAGCACUACGAGCAUUGGCUUACGUCUGGAGACUGGGAUUGGGACAGUUCUGAAGAAUUAUCUCUCAAGUUCUCAAGUGCAAAUUCUAAGAGCACUAUGAGUGCGGGGGGUAUGGAUAAUCCUGAUACCGUUACAUGGUUCGAGAAUCGAGUGGCGACUUCACUAUCAAAUCAGCUUACCAGUUGGAUGGAGAUGCUGUUGAUUCAAUGGAGAAGGAUAUUGGUUGGGAAAGAAUUUGGAAGUUAAAGGCUUCAUCUCGUUGACAAUUUUUACUUGGCUACGACGGCAUGGUAGAUUAUUAACAAAGGUUGAAAAAUUCAAACAUCAUUUGCAUCCGUUUGGAACAUGUCCACCAUGUGAAGUUAGUCAGGAAACAACAUUACAUAUAUAUGUUAAGGGAUUGCCAAUGGAUUAGCAAUAUUUUGGGGGCAACUUGUUCAUCCCCGGCACCGGAGAGCCUUUAAAUCGAAAUCGAAGGACCAGUAGUGUAUUGACUUGAAUGUGCAUAGGGGAGAUAUUGGGAGGCAAGAUACAAUUGUUUGGCCUCUAGCCUUGCAGCAAGUUGUGUAUUUCGCCAGGACAGCGAGGAAUGAGUUUGUGCACUAAGGCAUGGAUGGUAAACUGCGGAGCACAGCAACAUAUUUUAUUGAGCAAAAGAGAUGAAGUUUAUCUGUUGGGAAAAGCCUCCAAGGGGGUGGGGAUAACGUCAAUGUAUGGGGCGGCAAUAAAUAAUCCUGGGCCGGCAGGAGGAGUGGUCAGAGAUGAAAUGGGUUGCUGGUUGACAGGGUUUAGGGCCAGCAUUGAGGAGGCGAGCAAUACUGCUGCUGUGUUGUGAGGUAUGUACUGCGGGCUUGGAAUUUGGGUUAUAAAAAGGUGGUUUUGGAAUCAGAUUCUCAAAUUGCUACGUAAGGAUGCUCCAGCUGAGAGUCAACAUUAUGAUACUGUCAUGGAGGUCAGGGUCUUUACUGGAAAGAGACUGGGAUUUACUGAUUUAGGCCUGUCAACGGGUCGGGUCUAGACCCAGAUCUGGACCGGAUCCGUGAAAUUAUUACCGGUAUGGA